GGGGAAGGGAGCGCUCUCACUGGGGAAGGGAGAGCUUCACUGGGGAAGGGGAGAAAGAAGGCGUCAACAGCGAGGAGAGGAAUGCUCGCGGCGGGGCUGCCGCCCGACGUGGCGGCGCUGCUGCCGCGCGGCGCCGCGACACUCGCGCUGAGCUUCUGCCCGAGCGAGGUCCCCGCCGCGGCGGCUGCGCUCCUGAGGGAAGCCGUGGAGGCGCAGCGCGGAGACACGGCGCGGGAAAUGUCAAAGGCAGCACUGGACGUGGCGUGGGAGGGCCUCAACUCUGCGUGCUGGCGCGACGUGAGUGUGGAGUGGCGACGGUUCUAUGCACUGAGCGCCCUCGUAGCGGCUCUGUGGGAGGUCAAGGCUGGGGAAGAAGAGAACCUCAGGGAGGCUGUGCGGUUGUGUGACCUUGGUCUGAUCAUGGGAGUGGCGAUUCUCGAUAACAUCCUCAUGCGACUGGUUGCUGUGCUGCAAAAACGUCUCACUGGACUUAAGAGGUCCCAUGACCGGUUAGACGAUGCGCCAUGUGACCUCAAGCACCCUGAUGCAAAGGUGUGCCGCCUCUCCCCUGAGCGGGCUGUACCGCAGCUCAUGUGCCCAUCCAUUGACACAUUCCGUCGACUGCACUUGCUGCCCGCUGAGCCCGUACUUCUGCAGGACACAGUCUCCCACUGGCCUGCUCUCACCAAGUGGAGCUUGGGUUACCUAGUGCGCAUGGCCGGUUGCCGAACUGUUCCAGUGGAGCUUGGCUCGCGCUACACAGACGCUCAUUGGACUCAGACUCUCAUGACGCUGCAGGAGUUUGUGGAGAAGUACAUCAUUAAUGCGGAGUCCCAACCAACAGUGGGUUACCUGGCUCAACAUGAACUGUUUGAUCAGAUCCCAGAUCUUAGAAAUGAUAUUGUUAUUCCGGACUACUGCUGCGUGUCAGAACGAGAAGGAGGAGAUGACGAAGAGGAGGGAAGCGAAGAGGUCGUGAUCAAUGCAUGGUUCGGCCCUGGCGGCACGGAAAGCCCUUUACACCAUGACCCGCAGCACAACAUUUUGGUGCAGGUAUUUGGACAGAAGUAUGUGCGCCUCUACUCUCCAGAACACACUGACAAGCUGUACCCUCAUCCAUCACACCUGCUGAACAAUACCAGUCAGGUGGACGUGCUUAGGCCCGACACGUGUCAGUUUCCCCGCUUCACCGAGGCCCCGUUCCAGGAGGUGGUGCUGUCCCCCGGAGAUGCACUCUUCAUUCCUCGCAAGCACUGGCACUAUGUAAAUUCACUCAGCCACAGCUUCUCUGUGUCCUUCUGGUGGUCUUGAUCACACACGCACACAAAUGCAAGGGCAUGGACGGGCUACAUCUCGCUUCGUAGGCUGGCAGAGACGGUGCUGUUCAUGGCAAAUACACAGGCCAGAAUGCUAAAGAAUUGGGUUUGUUGUACUAGCACCACUCACAGAUCCCUGUGCUCAUGGUAACACACUGCACCAGGUACUAGGUUUUAUUUAUUUAUAAAGCACCUUGAAUCAAAGAUCUCAGCACUGUACAAGACAAAGCAGAUGAUACCCCACAUGAUAAAUUGUAACUUAUGAAUUGUAAAAUAAAUAUUAAAAGCCAUUUGCUGAAUUACCUCAAAGAUUUAUAAAUGUAAGUGUAUAAAUACGUUUUCAGAUGAGCUUAGGCCGAGUUAUCCUAGCAGCGAUGCAGUGGUUCGUGCAUUGUGCUAUGAACCUAACGACCUGCAUUUGAUUCUCAGCCGCAACUAGCAUAAUUUGUGAGUGAUAUCUGAACCGAUCCUGACCUGCCUUCAACCUGUGCUGACCAGCAUGGUGAAGUAUGAUAAAAACGGCUUCCAUGACUGACAUGGCAUGUGGAGGCCUUCAUCUAGCAGUGGAUUGACAAAGAACUGUAAAUUAUAUUCUAUGGUUCUUUUGGUAAAGUCACGUAGAUAGAAAUAAUAAUAAUAAAUAAAGUGACUAAAAAAUUAUACAAAUAUCACGACGUUUCGAUCGCAACACAAGUGGUCGUCAUCUGAAUAUUCUUUUUUAUUCAUUUUAUUUUUAUUAUUUUAUUGUUAUAAUUUUUUUCUAUCGACGUGACUUAACCGAAAGAACCAUAGAAUGAAUUCCUGCAGUCAAGAAAGUUUUAAGUCAAAAUUUAACUAAAUUAUAUUAUUAAUCGGGGAGGGAGGGUAGUCCAAGCCAAGUUUGUAUGCCAAUUGCCACUGGUAUUGUGACUUUACAAAACCAGUAAUGUUUGCUCUUAUGGAAUUAUUUGUAAGAGUUGAAUGUUAUUCAAUAUAAGCCACAAACAACACCUUGUGGAAGACCGAACACAGAAGAUCCCUGAGUUUCAUCUCCCACGAAGCUCAUGGUCCACCCUAAACUGCAUCUACUGUGCAAACCAUGACAGUUGCAGAUAGCUGAUGCAAAUGGAAAAUAAAAAACUCGUGGUCAUCCAGAACAGACCGUAUAACGUAUAAUGACGCAAUGCCUGAUCCACAAAUAAGAAGGAGACAUCACAGCGGUGAUGACACACUCCGCUACUCCUGACGCAGUUGACUGGCUUGACCACCUGAAUGUGAAAUUGUAGUUGUUGGUCUGCAUCUUCAUCAGCCGUAUGAAAGAAAAAUAUUUGCUGAGUCGGUAGACCCAUGCUGUUAUGCCCUGAAUCCAAAAUGUGCUAACUAUACAAAGUUAUCCACUCUUUCCACCUGUACAGAAGUCUGUUAUCCAGUUGUACAUAAAGGAAACAAUUGAAAAAUUGGUGUUUUUUAUGAUUUAAAGUGUAAUUUUGAUGUGUUGCAUAAUAAACAAGCACACCAUAUUA